CCCUAGACGACCUGUCUUGAAUUCCACUUUCUCAGCGCCGAAAAGAAAAGUCUGGCAUUGUACUCCUGCACAAAAGCAUGCGUGUGCUGAAUCCUUUUAUUUAGUCAGAUAAUAUUCGGAAUGGCGACAGUUUGCUUGAGAAGAAUCGUCUGCACUGGACUGAAACAUGAAUCCAGAGUCAUGGUCAGCAAUUUCACCAGAAGGGAUUGUGGUGCUCCUUACCUGCAUACACUAACGAAACUAACCACUGGCCAAGCGUUUCCAUUGAAUUCUUUGUUAACUUCAGCCUCUUGGGCACUACUUAAAAUUAGUCAUUUUUCAGAUGUGACCAAUAAAGACCAAGAAGUUCACGACUUGAAACCGGACCCUAGAGAAAGAAAGGCAUUUGGAAAUGUGGGUAGAAAGAUUCCCCACCGAAUUCUCCAGGUAUUUAAUGAAAAUGGAGAGAACUUAGGUCACAUGCAUAGAGCAGAUGUCAUCCGUGUUAUGGAUGAAAGUGGAUUAAAACUGGUGCUGCUAAAGGAUACUACUGACCCGCCAGUCUACCGCUUGAUGACUGGAAAACAGAUUUAUGAAGAGCAAAUAAAACUUAGAGAAAAGGAGAAAGCAAAGACUGGUAUAACUCAAGUAAAGGAGUUGGGGUUUUCAUCAGAUAUUGCAAACCAUGACUUGGAAAUAAAAACAAAACAAAUUAAGCAGUGGCUUGAAAAAAAGCACCAUGUUCGAAUAACUGUGAGAGGGAAAUCUGCUUCUACGAAUGUAGAGAAAAUGGAAAUUCUACUUGAAGGUAUUGUCCAAAGCAUUCCUAACACAGCUACAUUUGCAUCAAAACCAAAGGUGAUGAGAGAGGGAAAAGCAAUGAUGUGCAUUCUGAGGCACUUGUCCGAAAAGGAGCUAAAUGAGUUGAAGAAACAAGACAAAAAGAACACACAAGGAAAUGAGAUCAGUCCCCAAGACAGCCAGAACAAUAAAAACUAAGGACAAUUG